GGCUAAAUUUAGGCUGCGCCCGAGCUCGUCCCCAUCCGGGACGCGUUUCCGCCGCCGCCGCCGUGGCCCGGCCCCCCGCGCGCGCCGCGCCUAUAAGGCCGGGCCGGGAGGGCCGCGCCGCAUAACUGUCCCGCCGCCCGCCCGUGCGCCCCGGCCCGGCCAUGGCGCUAAGCGAGCCCAUCCUGCCGUCCUUUUCCACGUUCGCCAGCCCGUGCCGCGAGCGCGGUCUGCAGGAGCGCUGGUCGCGCGCAGAGCCCGAGGCCGGCGGCACGGACGAGGACCUCAACAGCGUCCUGGACUUCAUCCUGUCCAUGGGGCUGGACGGGCUGGGCACCGAGCCCGCGGCCGCCGCCCCCGCCGCCCCGCCGCCCCCGCCGCCCGCCUUCUACUACCCCGAGCCCGGCGCGCCGCCGCCCUACGGCGCUCCCGCGGGCGGCCUGGGGGCCCCGCUGUUGCGGCCCGAGCUGGACGCGCCCCCGCCCCCGCCGGGGCCCGCGCUGCACGGCCGCUUCCUGCUGGCGCCGCCGGGACGCCUGGUGAAGGCUGAGCCCCCCGAGGCGGACGGCGGCUACGGCUGCGCGCCCGGCCUGCUGCGGGGCCCGCGCGCGCUCAAGCGCGAGGCCGGCCCCGGCCCGGGCCCCGGGUGCUUGCGCGACACGCCGCCGCUCAGCCCCGACGGCCCCGCACGCCUGCCUGCGCCCGCCGCCGCGCGCGCGCCCUUCCCGCCGCCCUUUGGAGGCCCCGGCUUCGCGGCGCCCGGCCCCGGCCUGCACUUCGCGCCGCCCGCGCCCGCCGCCUUCGGCCUCUUCGACGACGCGGCCGCCGCCGCCGCCGCCCUGGGUCUGGCGCCGCCCGCCGCCCGCGGUCUACUCACGCCUCCGUCGUCGCCGCUCGAGCUGCUGGACGCCAAGCCCAAGCGCGGCCGCCGUUCCUGGCCGCGGAAGCGCACGGCCACGCACACCUGCAGCUACGCGGGCUGUGGCAAGACGUACACCAAGAGCUCGCACCUCAAGGCACACUUGCGCACACACACAGGGGAGAAGCCGUAUCACUGCAACUGGAGCGGCUGCGGCUGGAAGUUUGCGCGCUCCGACGAGCUCACGCGCCACUACCGUAAGCACACGGGACACCGGCCGUUCCAGUGCCACCUGUGUGACCGCGCCUUCUCGCGCUCCGACCACCUGGCUCUGCACAUGAAGCGCCACAUGUAGCCCCCUCCACAUCCCACACCCCCGCGCGCGGCCGUGGCGGGUCCCACGCGCCGGGCUCGGCCCCCUCCCCCCCCGCAAAACUGUGAUAUUUAUUGGACCCAGCGGACCGGGCCCAGCCCCCACCUGAGACUGGAGACCCCGUGGGGUGGGGCGGGGCGGGGUGGGGCAGUGCCCACCAGGCUGCCCCAGACCGCGGCUUGUUUUCUAUGGUGCAAUGACUCCGGGUGGCCGUCCCACCCCGGCCGGGUCUACACUAGCGUGACGAUGUACAUAGGCACUGUGACAGAUUCUGGAUCACUGUAAAUAGGGGCCGGAUGCCAUCAUGCCACCGGCUCCAGAUUGUUGUUUUUAUAAGACUUGCUGUUUUUUAAUUAAAAAAAAAAUUUUGCUUCUUUG